AUGAAGUUCACUGAGUCUCAGACCCGACGGGACCAGGAACCCACCCGGUUCUCUGCCACUUCCGGCAUGGCGAACAUCAAGCCAUGGACAGUACAAGUCCACAAAGUCGCCUGCAUCAAUAGUCUCGCUCGCUCUCGCUCUCUCCCGACAUCUAUAACGACAACCACGUCGUCAUCACCGACCCUGGUCUAUGACCGUCUCUCCAGCAAACAUCGGGCAAACAUCGCCAACUGGAUUGCUACAACCACCGGCUACGAGACCAUAGAAGGUGACGACCUGGAGGAGAGCAGCUACAACAGCAGCGACGAAACCUUGGUUAACGAAGACCUUGGUCCAAUUCACCUGGAGGCUAUUCCUCCUUUCCCUCGACCCAACCUCACCGGGUCAUCACUUUAUGGGCUGCACAACCAGUUGCUGCACCCCCGGAUAAGUAAUUUCACCGAGCUGAUUGAGGAGGAUUUGAUCGACCCGCGUCUAGUCCCAGUGGUGGCUGAUUCCGACUCGGACGUCAACGACAGUUUACGCCCAUUCUGCCACAAUCCUACUCUGACUGCUUCUUGGGCUAAUAGCCCCGAACCAGAAUAUCCAAUUGUACUCAUUGUGCAAUUUGUGUCUAAGAAGGCUCGCAGCGUUGCGACCCGUGGUACGCAUGUUUGCCGUGUGCUGCGGAAAAAGUUGUCUCGCGACAAGGAGUUGGGCAAAUAG